UGUUCAGCUUAGGAAGAAAUAGACUUCCUAAUCGAGUUAGUUUACUCGUGCUAUGCUUACAUUCAUCGCCUGAACUUACCUUGCUGUGUGCGAGUGAAUAAAGAGGCAUCAGAGCUGAAAUUGUUGUGCUAAAUAUCGGUCGGCACUUAUAACAAUGAGUUUCUGUGUGAUCUACAUCUUCGCUCAGCAGCCGCUGUAGAAUGCAUGUAUUUGGAACACUACUGCAAUCAAUUUAUCAAUCAUGCCGCGCUCAUCUCCUCUGGCGUUAGAGCAACAGGCUGAGGCAAACCUCCGUAGACAUGACAACUACGAAGAGUUGUCUAUGAUAGGAGUGGGCUCUUAUGGAACAGUUUUUAAAGCAAGAGAUCGAUCAAAUCCAAAUAAUAUUGUAGCCUUGAAAAAAGUGCGUGUUCCUCUGUCUGAAGAUGGAGUUCCUUUUAACACUCUAAGAGAAAUUUCUGUCUUGAAACAGCUUGAUCAGUAUGAACACCCUAACAUUGUGCGGUUGUUGGACAUUUGCCACGGACAAACUAUGGAAAAGGAGCAACAGCUAGUUCUCUACCUUGUCUUUGAGCAUGUCGACCAGGACUUAGCAACAUACAUAGAAAGAUGUCCACCACCGGGGCUGGGGUCCAGCCGAAUCAAGGAUAUAAUGUUUCAGAUACUGAAUGGUGUUGACUUUCUUCACAGUAACAGAAUUGUACAUCGAGAUCUAAAGCCUCAAAAUCUUUUAGUUACCAAUGGUGGCAAUGUGAAACUUGCUGACUUUGGUUUGGCAAAGACCUAUGAUUUUGAAAUGAAAUUAACAUCUGUGGUUGUUACUCUGUGGUAUAGAUCUCCUGAGGUACUCUUUGGAAGCAGCUAUGCCACCGCAGUUGAUAUUUGGUCUUGUGGCUGUAUAAUGGCAGAGCUUUUCAGGAGAUCUCCUCUUUUCUGUGGGCAAAGUGAGGGCGAUCAACUUGAUAAAAUCUUCCAGAUUUUGGGCACACCAUCUGAAGAAGAUUGGCCUGAUAAUGUCACUCUAUCCCGAAGUUCGUUUCUGAAACACUUCCAGACCCGUUUGCAAGACCAUGUACCUGAAAUUUGUAGCAAUGGAGUUGAUGUUCUUGAGAAAAUGUUACGCUUCAAGCCCAGUGACCGGAUUAGUGCUGCAGAUGCAUUGAAUCAUGACUAUUUCUCCUCCUCUGGUUAUACUCCAAUAAGUUCAGCUAUGCCAUCUUUUGCCUCCCUUAGUCCAAACUCUUCUUUGACACCACCGAGUCGGGCAUCUCAGGGUUCACCAGUAGUCUCUCCAAGGACUACUCCUGUCUCUUUAAGCUGCAGCUCCUCUGAGUCAGCUGAUUCAGGGCAUUCCACUGAGAAAUGCAGUGUUUCUGCGGGUUGUGCGGAGGGCGGAUGGCCCUCAGACACCACUUUACAACACAAAGUGAAGUGAGGUCAAGUUUGAGUUGCAAGCAGGAGCCUCUCCCCAUAAUAUUACAGAAAAUAAGAGUGUGAUUUCAUUGCUUUUAAAUAUGAACAUUCCCCCUAUUUUUUGAAAAUAUUUCUUGUUUUUGAACAAGUCAAGCUGUAAGAUGCAUUUAUUUUUUUACUGUUUAUAUUUUAUGAUGAACUUACCAUCUCGGUGUGAUUCAUUUAAGAAUCAUGUAACUGGGCUUCCAUAGUGUUUUGGGUCUGUGAUAGGAAUUUCAAGUGUCUUGCAAAGUAGUUCUUAGAAUUAAUUUGCCUAUUUUAAUGAAUUGCUCAAUUGUACCUCUAGUAAAAAGUUUUGCUCACCUGGGAGAGAUCUCAUGCCAUGGACCAAUCUAUUUGUAAGAGUCAAUGUGGUUAAGCUUUUUUAUUUUGUGGGCCUUAAAUCAUCAGUUGAAUGACAAUAAUAUUGUGAGUUUGAAUUAGCUCUCAACUACUUAAUUGUCUUCCUAAUUUAAAUAUUAUGGGUUGGUGUCAUCCUUGCAUUUGUCAGUAUGAUCUCCACUGUUGAUCAUGCUGUCAUUUUUCAGGGUGUUGUGUAUUUUAUGCUGUUUUCUUAAAAAAAAAACCCUAUCCUUGUCAUUUUUUUACAGGAAAAGUGAUUACACUGUACUUUUUUAAGGCAUGAAAGUUAUCUGUAAUUACUGUUUUAAGAACAUUUUACUUCGUGUUUGCUUGUGUGUACCCUCCUAAGCAUUUUUUUUUUUUUUUGCAUCAUUACAUUUGUAAGUUUGCGUUGUUUGUUUUAUUUUUGUGGCACUGAAGCACUUGGCACCUUCCUUUUGUCUUAUUUUUUUAAGCAUAUUGAAAUUAGUUUGUUACUAGUCUUGUAAGUUUACAAAGAAAAUUAAACAUUUGUACACUUUUUUCUACUUGGCUGCUUAAUGGCAUUGUUACUGGUAGUACUCAAUGUUCAUGCGUGUCAAGGGAAACAACAAUAUUUGCAUGCACAUUCAAAAUAAUUUUGGUUCUGCUUGUUCUCUUUGUACCAUUUAUUUAUUGCUCAUAUUAACGGCUAAGUGUUUUUUAAAAUGAAAUUUACAAAUUUAAGUAAUUGAGUACUUAAAGACAUGUAUUCCUCAGGGAAAGUUACACCAACAUUGGGCAUUCAGUUGUGCCCAUGAGCUCAAUACUUUGUAAUUUAUUAAUAUCUAUUAUAGAACGUGAACUGCUUUAGAUAUAAUCCCAUGUUGAAUUCUUCGUUGAUUUCAGACAAUGUAUUUUAUGUAAAUAAUUGUCAAAAUAAAAAAAACAACUUUUCUUAA